AUGAGUAUGUCAUCUGGCUUGGGGGGAUCAAGUGGGAGUACGUCUUUUGGUUGUAGAACAAAGGGACUACCUGGCGGUCGAAGGUGCAAAUGUGGGAGGCAAACAAUCGUCUAUACCUCCAAAACAGAGAGAAACCCAAAUAGGGCAUUCUUUGGGUGCCCUAAUUUCAAGGAUAAGAAGCCCUUUUGUAAUUUUCUUAGAUGGGUAGAUGAUGUAUGUAAUGAAAGCUUGGAGCUUGAAGAUGGAAGAAUCAACAAGGUGGAGUUGGAUGUUGCUGAAAUGGAUUUCAAGUUGAAGCAUAUGGACAUGAUAAUCAGUGACCAAUUGCAAGCUAAGUUGAAUGACCAUGGUGUGAAGAUUAGUGAGCAAGAACUGAAUAUCAAGGUGCAGAAAAGAAAGCUGAAUGAGCUAUACCUGAAGAUGGCGGAGGAGUUAGAUAGGAUGGACAAGGAAAUUAGGCAUGUUGGUAGGGCAGCUAGGGUCUUAGUUGCUACUUGUGUAGGGUGGUCCAAUUUUGGGUACUGUUUGGUCGUUGCUGUUUGGACAAAUUUGAAUGCAAUGUGUUCAUGUCCAAUUUUUGGAUCGCAGCUUGUAUGA